AUGGGACUGAUACGCAACUCCAUCUCCCGGCUGCGCAAGGACGACCCGCGCCUCUUACGGAUCCCCCCAUACCUUUCUGCCCUCUGCAUCCUAGGAGGCAUUGUCUGGAUCCUCCUGCUCCCUCUGAACGAAUACUCGCGGCAAACCUAUAUCUCCGAAAACGCGCUUUUGCCCGGUCAAGUGCAUACCUAUUUCGGUGGAAGCGAGCAAAAUGUCUUCCGUGCAUAUCGCCAGGAAUUGGCUACAGUUCUGGGGCCCGCAUCAACCUCCAGUGGGAAUGUCACAAUUUCAAAAAAAGAAGAGAGAGACUGGGAGAACAAAAGAAGUGUGAAGAUACAAGAGUUGUUCCGCAAUGCUGGCUUGAAGACCGCGAGCCAACAUUAUUCCUACACCUCUUCUGGUGAGACUUACGAGGGCGUAAAUGUCUACGCAGUACUCCAUGCUCCGCGGGGCGAUGGAACAGAGGCAAUCGUGUUACUUGCACCCCUGAAGAACAUCGAUAACGACCUCAAUACCAACGGCGUACCUCUCUUGAUCUCACUUGCAAGAUACUUCAAGCGAUGGUCUCUUUGGUCGAAGGAUAUCAUCUUCCUGGUCACCCCCGACAGUUUCGCCGGGCCACAAGCCUGGAUCGACGCAUACCAUUCCACACAUGAUCCUCGGACCGUUGAGGACUUGUCAUUGAAGUCCGGAGCUCUCCAGGCCGCCGUUUGCAUUGAUUAUCCAUUCGAACAUCGGUUCGAGACUCUUCACAUUGCGUAUGACGGCAUCAAUGGGGCGCUGCCCAAUCUUGACCUUUUCAACACGGCGGUGACAAUUGCAUCGGGCCAGAUGGGGAUAGGCACCUCGAUUCAGUUCCAACACACCUACACCGACCGAGACAGUCAGAGUUCAUACCCGUCCCGGCUUCAGACGCUGGUGCGUGGGAUGGCAUCACAGGCACUCGGCCAAGCCACGGGUCCGCACUCCAGUUUCAUGACAUACCAUAUUGAUGCCAUCACUUUGACUGCCAUUGGCCAGGGCUGGCAAGACGAAAUGGCCUUCGGAAGGACGAUUGAAAGUAUCUGUCGAAGUCUGAACAACCUGCUGGAAAAGCUUCAUCAGAGCUUCUUCUUCUAUUUGUUGAUGCAGUCCAAUCGUUUUGUGAGCAUUGGCACGUAUCUCCCAAGUGCCAUGGUUAUAGCUGCCGCUUACACGAUCAUGGCAAUCUAUCUCUGGGUUUUGAGCGGCUACCGAGUGAAAGAGAAGCCAAUUGUUGCGGUGAAGGGCAAGGCUGAGCAGAGCGGAAGAGAGAAAGAGGGCGAUGCUGACGAGCAGACACGACCAGCUUUCGAGUAUAGCCCAAAGGUUGAAUUCAGCCCUCUUGACAGGCGACUCGUCCUUCCAAUCACUUUGCUGGCUGCCAUCCACUUGGCAUCACUUAUUCCCCUAUACCUACUCACUUCGCUCACCCUCAAGGCCAUCCCAUCGACAUUCUUUCUCCUGGCGUCAUUCACCGUUGUCUUACCUAUCAUCCUAGCAUCAGCUUUGCCCGAAAUGCCGAACAACACCACUUUGCCCGCAGUUGCCGCACCGACCAACGAACAAUAUGUUCUGAUCAAGUCCUUGAGUUUAUUACUACUAGGCCUGUUCCUCACCGUGCUCGCGACUCUGAACUUCAGUCUCAGCAUGUUUCUCGGCAUUGUCUGUAUACCGCUUGCAUUUGUGGAUCGGAAUCCAGGCGGGGGAAGAGCCUCUAUUCUUCAAUAUCUCCUUCUCCUCAUCUUCAGCCCGACCGGCUUGGCCGCGGGGUUGGCCGCAUAUGGGUUCUUUUCCAUUGGCCGGAAUGACGUGCUUGUGGACUGGCUUCAAAAGCUGGCCUUUGGAUGGGACGUCUGGUGGAGCUGGGGUGUGCCGGUGGGAGUAUUGUGCAUUUGGCUGCCGGCGUGGAUUGUUGGCGCGACCCUGGUGGCGACUUCAUGGUUCACGGUCGGGAGCACGCAAGAGAAUCCACGUGCGGUGAAGAAACUGUCUACAUCGAGGGUUCGAUGA